AUGCCACCCCAGACGAGGCAAAGAGCUAAAACAAACCUGUGGAUAUGCAGAGCACGAAAUGGUUUGAAUCUGAAAUUCUUCGAGGUCGUCCGUGCCAUCGUAUUCGUCUACAACAUUUCUUAUCCUCUGGCGAUCCUCCUCGCGUCGGUUGGUUUUCUCGCAUCCGGAAAAAUCACUUUCAAGAAGGAUUUCAUCUCCAAGGCAGUUAUUAAUAGCACAAGUUGCCAUUGGACCGACAGGAUCGUCGUCAGCAUCCUCAACGCCAUGAACUUCGUCCUCUCUUUCGUACCCACCUUGACGCUCGACCUCGGGGAUCUCUCCCAACGUGGAACCUCCAAGCUCGCCCACGAGGCUUCUUUCGUUCAUCCCAACGGCAUACCAUCCACCGCUCCAGACGCAAACAUGGUCAACACGCUCCUGGAUUACUCCUCAAGCAGGCGGAAUUACCAAGGCUUCCUUCGCUUCGGCCUUGGCCUCGUCGACGUCGCUCGUUUCCACGCCGAGCGGGUACGCCUCUCACCACCGCUCAACAAAAUUCACAACCAAAUCGCGUUGGGAGAAUGCGCUCUGGCUUGGGACGUUCUGCGUGACCACCGGUGCUCGCAUGGGGCCAUCGACUUCGAACGCAUAGCACAUUUGCAGAAGGGAAAGUAUGAGGGUAUCGUCCCGACAUCGAGACUGGAGGCGUGGUUUGGACAGGAGCGCCUGCCUGAUGGGUGGUGGGAUGUUUGCGGCGUGCGACCGACGAGGACGAUUGGAAUCGCCAGAGCCAGGGGGCUUGCAAAUCUUAUCGGGAAGCUUGCGAUGAAACAGAAUGGUGUUCAGCGGAACGCAAAGCGCAAUACAUUCUUCUGCAUACCUCCCGAUUUCCUUGUGUAUUUCGACGCCAUUGGAAAAUAA